AUGUCUUUUCACCCCAGACCUCCGGGAACAACGAUAGUUUCCGCUGGUAUCCCGUAUAUCGCUCCACCAAUAGUACAGCAACCUAUGAUUCCUGCUAUGAAUCAGCCACCUCCAUCGAAUCGUGGCGGAAGCUUUCGUUCCGGGGCAACGAUUGGCUCUCGUCCACAGAUGUAUAACAACAAACCUCCGCCCCAACCGGAACCGGUGUACGAUGGUCCGAUAGUGACCGUGUUUGUGGGUAACAUUAGUGAAAAAGUUCCAGACCCAAUGAUAAAACAGAUUCUAGCCACUUGCGGAACAGUGGUUAACUGGAAACGUGUAUCUACCUUCGGAUUCUGUGAAUAUGAUCCUGCCGGAGGCGCGAGAGCUGUACGCUUGGUACAUGACCUAGAGGUGGGUGGUAAAAAGCUGGUAGCUAAGGUGGAUGCCAAGAAUAAAGCACUGCUCGAUUCGUUCCGUGAGGAUGAAAGUAAUGCCGAGACAACGAACGAAAUAUCGGAAAAGCGGGGUGAUGAUGAUGCAAUGGAAGCUAUCGGUCGCAUAUUGGAAGACUUCAAAGAGGAACUGGCUGCGGCUGAGCAGCAACAAGAAGAAACGCAGGCAAAACAGAAGAAAAUGUUGCAAACGGUAGACAUUGAAGAUGGCAAACGGGACAUAAUUAACAAGGAGAUUGGAAAGUUCCGCAAAUACACUGAGGAAGAAGAGUUAAAAAAGGAAAAAGAAAAAGAACGUAAGAAGCGCGAAGAAAAGCGAGCAGAAGAGAAACAGCGACGCUCAGUAUCGCCUCGGAAAGAUAAGAAAGCUUCAAACUCAUCCAGGCGGCGCAGCAGAUCGCGAUCGCGUGAUCGUGAACGGGAUCGCGAACGUGAGCGUGAACGUGAGCAGCGCGAACGCGACAAGGAACGUGAACGUGAGCGGGAGCGAGAGCAGCGUGAACGUGAACGCGAACGUGAGCGGGAUUUGGAACGGCAGCGUGAGCGUGAAAGGGAACGUGAGCGCGAACGGGAAAGGGAACGUGAACGGGAUCGCGAGCGGGAGGAUAUGAAGGUAAACCGUAAUCCGCGCGACAUCCAGAAAGAGAAGGAAAUGGAAGAGGAGGCACGUGAACGCAAGAAAACCGAGAAGAAAGCCCGCGAUAAGGAAGCGGCAUACCAGGAACGAUUGCGGAACUGGGAAGCUCGUGAAAGGAGAAAAGCCAAGGAUUACGAAAAGGACCGGGAGAAGGAUCGUUGUAAGGAGGAGGAACGUGAGAAAGAAGCAAAACGACUGAAAGAGUUUCUAGAGGACUAUGACGAUGAUCGGGAUGAUCCAAAAUACUACAAGGGGCGAGAACUCCAACGAAGACUUGCUGAAAGAGUUCGCGAAGCUGACGCUGAUUCCAAGGAUCGCAACAAGGAGCAGGAAGAAUUGGACGAAUUGAAGAACAAGAUAUUCAGUGGAGAGUACGAUAACCCGACGCUCGAGUUCGAGAAAGCCAAAAAAGAACGCGAAGAUCUGUACAAGCCGAAAAUACUUAUCGACGUGAAUCUGGAACAAUCACAACAACGUGAACGUGAGCUAGAGCGAGAACGAGUUCGCGAAAUAGAACGCCAGCGUGCUAAGGAGCGGGAGCGCAUGAAUAAGGAACGCUACGUAUUAGCGCAAGCUUCGAGGGAACUCGCUUCCGUUGAUGCGGAACCAAUCGAGUCCGACUCAAGCGGGCAGGACAAUUUCAAUUCACCAGCCGGAAGUGCACUACAAACAGCGAACAGUAGUGCGUCCAAUGGGCCUGGUUCAGGGUCGGCCAGUAUAAUGGAUGGAAUGGGUAAUAGCAAUCAUCACCAUCACCACCACCAUCAUCCACAUCACCAUCAUCAGCAUCACCACACUCACCACAAUGCGGUGGAACAACGUGUAGCCUCUGCUGGACAGCAUCCUCCACAUGCUGGUUCCGAAACGCGUGAUUCCUUUGGUUUGAUGGGACAUGGCAGCGGAGCAGUGAAUACAUCCGGUGGAGUCGGCGGAAUGCUGGACGAUGAUAACUCUCGGCACUCGAUACGGUCAAACUCGCAGCACGGAAUUCCGGAAAGUCCAGAUGCAAACAGUAACAGCGAGAUGAACUCGAUAUCGGAUAAAUCGUCCCAUCAUCACCAUCAACAGCUGCUGCCCCAACAAUCAGCAGUGGGUCCCACAAUUAGUUUGAAUUUGAACGUGAACGCGAAAAAGAAGAGGCUUGAAAUGAAGGACGUGUUCAACAGCCUUGAUGACGAUACGGAAGAAUCGAACGGUCCGAAAAAACGAAAGCUUGUACCUUUAGAGUACGAGGAAGGACGAGGUCAGAUGGACACACCCAUUGGAACAGCAAAUAGCACGCCCGCAGGUUCCGGACCGAAAUCAUCGAAAGGUAAAAAGGAUGAUCCUUCGAAUCGGGAAACACAAAAGUCGCAGGAAGAGAAACGCAAAAAUAUUAAGAGUAUUAUCGAUAAGAUACCAACGGAGAAGAGCUCGCUCUUUAACUAUCCGCUCGACUGGAACGAGAUCGAUAGUACGAUCGAGAAGAAAAUUCGACCAUGGAUAAACAAAAAGAUCAUUGAGUACAUAGGGGAGCCGGAGCCAACACUGGUGGAUUUCAUCUGUUCAAAGGUGCUAGCCGGCAGCACUCCUCAAGGCAUUCUGGACGAUGUGCAAAUGGUUCUCGAUGAGGAAGCUGAGGUUUUCGUGGUGAAAAUGUGGCGAUUACUGAUCUAUGAAGUAGAAGCAAAAAAAGUAGGACUGGCGAAGUAG